AACAAAACAUCUGCGAGACAACCAGUACGUCAUAAUCGUACUACGACAUAAAAAAAAUGCGUACGUGCUACAAAACAUAUUUUGAACUCUAUUUUAAGGUUUAAAAACAUCUCAAUUCGGUAAAUACAGAGAGAUCGGAUCUAUUAAAAUCCAAUUCAACUUAAAUUCUCCAGAUCCAUCCGGGUCGGGUUAUCUGCCAUGGAUUACCAAAAAAAUGGAUAUCCAUUUUACCUCUAUAGCAAAUACAGGAACAAAUAAUUUACUCUUUUAAUCACCAACAAACGAAAGAAUUAGUUGCCUGCAAAAAUGGCUUCCCAAAAUACUUCUUUAAUUAAUCUCAACAACUCUGCCGGCUCGAGGACUCAAAGUAAAUUUAAAUACUCAAAGUGGUACAAGAUUAUUGUGAAAUUGGAAAUGGUAUUCGCCUUCAUACAUAUCAUGGCUGGAAUAAGUGCAUUCAAAGAUAAUGACAAAUCCAAUAAAAAGUUAAUUAAACGAAUAGAACAGGAAUACGCCGAUUUACCCAAUAUCACUCAUAUCAACAUAACUAUGGUAGGUGGUUCAAUUCUCAUGGUCCCAAUUAGCAAAGACUUCGACCCCUUAGGAUACAGAUCGUCGACGACCGGAGAUAUUAUCCCUGGUCGCGACUUUCUCCGGAAGUUACGUGGUCUGCCAUGCUCACAACAGAUCCCAACGUGCGUUAUGUACGUUAUGGUUGGAAUUUACAUAUGCCUGACUGCAUCAAGCAUACCUGCUGGAUAUUUCGUGCUCACCAGAGCACUCAAUCUUGUACCUGAAGUAAAUAAGUAUUUGCUCAUAAUUUAUGUAACAGAGGAAUCAAAUCAUACUCAACUCCGUGAUGCGGCAUAUUCAUGCCUUUUAUUUGGAACUAUUUACCUUCUAACCUUGCUAUCUUGUGCAUCUCUGUUCGGUAUGGAUUACAUGUUUCCUACGACGCCAAGCAAAGUUCCAUGGGCAAAACCUAUACCGUUCUAUCUGGUUGGAAUUUUUGUCGGAUUUCACCUUGCCUAUGAGGCAGGGAUACAUUACAAGAAACUGGCCAAGAAUGAUAUUGAACUUACCAAUUUAAGGGUGGAUUAAAGAAUGAAUUUGUUCAUGGGGGAUAGAAUUGUUCAUAAGAAUAUAUGUAAAUGAACGUUGGAAGUAAUUUGCCCUGUAAUAAAUAAUAAUUCAAAUACGUUAAUAAUUU